UAUGACUCGACCUCUUGUGUCUGAGCUCUACCUGCCUGGCGAAACUGAGAGCUGCAUCCAUCACAAACGACGAAACGAAAAAUGAGGUUCCUCGAAAGAGUAGAGAGGGAUAACGCAUUUUUUAGAUGUCUGAGAGCUUGUAUAAGAAUCAUUCGCAGCGAUCUUUUGCUGUCGUUCAUUCUUAUUGGUGUCGUGAUCGGCUUCAUUAUCGGGAUUGCAGCGAACGGAAACGUAAACGCCAUCACCGACAUUGAAGACAGGAAAACUGCAGUGAUGCUGAUAGGAUUCCCAGGCGAGCUGUUCAUGAACAUGCUCAAAUUGUUAAUCCUUCCUMUGAUCGUCGCCAGCCUCGUCACUGCUGUUGCAUCCCUUGAUUCUAAAGCAACAGCCAAAAUCGGUCGCCGCACUGUUAUAUAUUACUUGGGCACGACUUUUGUCGCAGUUGUCUUGGGUAUUGUCUUAGUGACGUCUAUCCAGCCAGGAAAGGGAAGAAAGCCUGACACCAAUGGCAGUAAAUAUACGGCGAAGUUCCGCACCGUGGAUGCAUUUUUGGACCUCAUCAGGAAUAUGUUUCCACCCAACAUCGUCCAAGCUGCCUUUAAUCAGAGACAGACGAAAUACUCAUCACUGGAAGCCAAGUAUCGAGAAUACAACAAGACAAUAGAGACMAACAAACAAAACGAAACAAGCGGAAUCAUCGCUGAAUUUGCCGUGAAUGCCACCCACAAGGUCGUCACGGUGAAGGAGCUUGUGAGCAGAUCAUACAGCAAGAUCCCUGCAGGUACUUCCCCCGUUCAUGGAAGCUCAAUGAAUGUUCUUGGUCUGGUACUGUUCUCCAUCGUGUUGGGAGCYGUGCUGAGUAGGAUGGGAGAGCAGGGAAUGCCACUGAAGACGCUGUUUGAGUCGCUAAACCAAGCGGUGAUGAGGAUGAUCACAGUCGUUAUGUGGUACUCUCCAAUCGGCAUCUGCAGUCUGAUCGCGGCCAAGUUUUCAGGCAUGGAUGAUAUCCUACAAUCCCUAGAGGCAUUAGGAUUGCUUAUGGUCACAUCAAUUCUAGGAAUUCUCAUCCAUACUUUUAUCUCGCUACCACUCGUCUAUUUUCUUGUUACGCGAGACCACCCGUACAAGUUUAUGGCCAAAAUGAGCGACGCGCUUAUCACGGCUUGGGGAACAGCAUCAAGUGCUGCAACGCUUCCGACUACGAUUAGAUGURCGGAAGAGAAGCUCGGUAUUGAUCCCCGCAUCACCAGGUUCGUGUUACCCCUUGGAGCUACAGUCAACAUGGAUGGUACUGCUCUGUAUGAAGCAGUGGGGGCUAUCUGGAUCGCGCAAAUGAACAACAUACCGAUGGGAGCGGGAAAAAUCAUCACCACUUGCCUCACAGCCACUGCUGCWGCCGUCGGAGCCGCCGCUGUCCCGUCAGCGGGCAUCGUUACCAUGGUGAUUGUCUGUCAAGCCAUCAACGUUGUAAAUGUUGAUCGAUUCCGUACUGCUGCCAACAUCAUGGGAGAUGCAUUUGGUUCAGGAGUCGUUGGCAAGUUAUCUGAAGGAGACCUCGUUGGGGAGAAUGCACCCAUCGUYGUUGGAUCGGAGAACAAAGAAGCGGAAAUAUCAGAAAAGGACCUCACYAUACACAAAGCAAAAAACGAGGAAACUCCAUUCUAAUCAUAUGACACUACAGUUCGAGAUUAAGCUUUGGUUGAAACGAGCAACGCAAAUGCAAGCACAAACAAAAUAACUUGUGAACUAGAGUAACGCAAACACAAGGAAUGACCCUAUUAUCAUUAUUAUCAUUAUUAUUAAUAUUAAUAUUAUCAUUAUUAUUAUUAUUUAGCAACUCGGACAAAUUUAAACUAUGUCAUCAAAUUCGAUUCGCGUCCGCUAUUUUUAGAAGACAUGCACAAAUAGGUUUUUUAAUUUUUUWAAUCUAUACACGUUUUCUCUGCUCUUGUCAAUGUAAUUGUACAAAUAAAGAUAUUUUGAAUGGAAA